CACUUAAAAACAAAUGGCUACAUGAUCAUCAUCUUCGCACUACUUAAACUUCAUGAGCAUACUUCAAGCUUCACUCUCAAAAACAAUGAGAAACCCUAACCUUCUUCCCUUAAUACUCACCUUAACCCUAACCCUAACCCUAAGUUUCCUCCCUCAUAUGACCUCUGCUCAACUCCGGCACAACUACUACGCCAACAUUUGCCCUAAUGUAGAAAACAUCGUCAAGGCUGCUGUCACAGCCAAGUUCCAACAGACCUUUGUCACCAUCCCGGCCACCCUUCGCCUUUUUUUUCAUGAUUGUUUCGUCGAGGGUUGUGAUGCAUCGGUCUUAAUAGCAUCAACAUCAACAAACAAAGCCGAAAAAGAUCAUCCGGAUAACUUAUCUCUCGCCGGAGACGGGUUUGAUACCGUGAUUAAAGCAAAGGCAGCGGUCGAUGCAGUUCCUAAAUGUCAAAACAAGGUCUCAUGUGCUGAUAUUCUUGCAAUUGCUACUAGAGAUGUGAUAGCACUUGCCGGAGGACCGAAGUAUGAUGUGGAGCUAGGGAGGCUUGACGGGCUGAGCUCGACAGCGGCCAGCGUCACCGGAAGGUUACCUGAUCCUAGAUUUAAUUUAAACAAGCUCACAAGCAUGUUUGAUAAACAUGGACUCAAUCAGGCUGACAUGAUUGCUCUAUCAGCUGCACACACACUUGGGUUCUCACAUUGUAACCGGUUCACUAACCGGAUCUACAACUUUGACGGCCACGAUGGGACGCGGAUCCCCACACUGAACCGAACUUACGUGGACCAACUACGUGGCAUGUGCCCGAGACACGUGGAUGCCAGGGUGGCAAUAAACAUGGAUCCCAUCACCCCCCGGUUAUUCGACAACCAGUACUUCAAGAACCUCCAGCGUGGCAUGGGCCUCUUUAAUUCCGACCAAGUCCUCCACGCCGACCUAAGGUCCAGGCCCACUGUUGAUCUUUGGGCUGAAAACUCCGAGGCCUUCGAGAAAGCCUUUGUUGAAGCCAUCACCAAACUGGGCCGAGUUGGUGUCAAGACCGGAUCCCGAGGCAACAUCCGACGGGAUUGUGGGGUCCUUAAUUGAUUGCUUGUUUUUAUUUUUAAUUUUUGUUAAUUAGAAUUAAAAUAAAUGUUUC